AUGUUGAUAUUUUUUCUCUUACUUCUCAUAAAAUCGUUCGGGCAACCAGACAAGAAAAAAGAAGAAGACAAACAACAAGAGGAAUUUCCUUCCCUUCAACCACUUGCUCAAAAUCUUCCUCAACAAGUUCCAGUUCAAGAACUGCCUCCACGUUUCAGAGGCAGGGGAAGGUAUCAAAGACCCCCAUUCCGUCCACAGUAUUUUCAACAACCACCACAUCAAUUUCGACCACAUUUUUAUCCUCAACAAACAAGAUAUCAACAGCCAAGAUAUUUACCACCUUUUCAACAACAACCAAGAAGACCUUUAGAAAUACCUCAACCCCAACAACAACCACCUGGUCCUCCUCAUGUUCCUCAGAUGCCACAACAAACCAGGUAUCCAAUGUAUCAAAGAAAAGAAAAGGAAUUACCAAAAGAGUCUCCAAUACCACCACAAACUCCUCAGAAAGAAGAGCCUGUUGUAAGACCUAAAACAACUCUUCCACCACAAAAAGUUAUACCUCCACAACAAACACCACCAGUUCAUAUUCAAACACAAGAAGUACCAAAACAAAAAGAAGAGGCUGUUCCACAAGAAAUCACUUUUUAUCAAAAAAGGAAAAAAGAACGUGAAAGAGAGGCUGAGAAAUUGGAAUUUCCAUUUUUACCACCAAAAGCUAAAUACCCAAAUCGAAUUCCAGUGACUCCAGACAUUUACCCCAUGAAAAAAAUGCUUGAGACAUUGUCUUCUUAUUCGAUGUGUAAAUUCUAUAUGGAUCAAUUUGUUCCAGACUUCAUAGUGCAUUCACGAUAUUGGCUUGGUGAGUUGUGUGUAGAUGGACAUUGCAAUUUUCCGGUUAAAACAACAGUCAAAGAAGGAUUUAUAUUACACGGGUAUUGGCCACACUAUUAUAAAAACAGAAAUCUGUUCUGUUGCACUAACUUUUUUGGCCCAGAUAACGCAGAGAAUAUGCUUUUAAGAGAUCAAGACUUAAUAAAAGAAGUUAAUCUCAAGUGGAUGUCUAUUGGAAUGUGUCGUUUUGCCAUCUAUCAAUGGGACAAACACGGAAGUUGCACAAUGAAAUUGUUCAAGGGGCCGAAUGGUCCAAUUGAUUAUAUGAGAACUGCAUUAAAUUUGUAUGACGAAGUUGACAUUUGGGAAUUACUACAGAAAAGCGAGUUAAAAGUUGAAGCUGGAAAAUAUUAUGAAAGAAAGGAAUUAAAAAGAAUUUUUAAAAAUUACUUUG